UUUGGUCCUCGACCUCGUCUCCGCUCCAGCAACGCCGCCACAGACCUUACCCGGCUAGCCUCCUCCUGGCGGCGGCCGUCUGACCCAGCCGGCGAUGGAGAUGGAGGCGGGCGGCCGAUGCUCGAGGAAGAGGAAGUCCGCCGGGCUGGGCUCGCUCGAGGUGGGGGCGGCUUCAGAAGGGCGCGGUCCGGGACCUACGGCGGGGGACCAGGAGCCGCCGCCGCCGCUGCCCGGAGCUGAAGGAGGCGGCAGCGACCGAAUCAGCGACCUCCCCGACGCCGUCCUCGGGGAAAUCAUCUCCCUCCUCCCCACCAAGGAAGGCGCGCGCACCCAGGUCCUUGCCUCCCGGUGGCGCCGCCUCUGGCGCUCCGCCCCUCUCAACGUCCACUGCACUCCGUACCCAUUCCACGAGGAUGCCCGAGACGCCAUCAUAUCGCGCAUCCUCGCCGCCCACCAGGGCCCCGGCCGCCGCUUCUGCGCGCCCGUGUACCAUCUCCACGGCGACCGAGCCGAAGCCUGGCUCCGGUCUCCCGCCCUGGACAACCUACAGGAGCUUGAGCUGUGCAGCUUCAUGUUUUACUUACCAUUUCCACCGGCAACGCCGCAGCCACUGCCGGCGGCUGCCUUCCGCUUCUCUGACACCCUCCAUGUUGCCACCAUCGGAGAAUGCCACCUUACCGACAGCACCGUCCAAGCGCUUCACUUCCCCAAGCUUCAGAAGCUCGCGCUGAAACGGGUCAGCAUCUCCGAAACCUCACUGCACACCCUGAUUGCUGCUUGCCCUGCUCUGGAGUGCUUGCUGAUUUAUGCUAGCACCGGCUUCCAUUGUGUCCGAAUCAACUCCAGUAGCCUUCGAAGCAUAGGCGUGGAAGGUUUUCGUUAUCAGAAAGGGCUCGAAUUUCCGGAACUUGUUAUUGAGAAUGCCCCUUCUCUAAAAAGCUUGCUCCAACUUGGUUCGUGUGGGUUCCUGCAUAUAUCUGUAAUCUCUGCGCCCAAAUUAGAGACCUUAGGCUACCUUUCUUCUGGUUCUAGUUCCAGGCUCGUGUUUGACUCCGCAGUUAUUCAGGGAUUUCGUGUUGAUAGCUUCACAACAACGGUGCGCACUGUCAAGAUUUUAGCUGUUGAUAUGGAAGCACUUAGUCUGGACGCUGUUAUUGACUUGAUGAGAUGCUUUCCGUGCUUGGAAAAGCUGUACAUUCAGUCGACUGGACCAGGAAAACCCAACCCGUGGCGUCGUAAACACCAGAAUCUUAUAAGAUCUCUCAACAUCCGUCUGAAGACAGUUGUUUGGCGACGUUAUCGGGGCAUCAAGUCACAUGUUGACUUUGCCAAAUUCUUUCUACUAAAUGCUAGAGUGCUAGAGUUAAUGACCAUUGAGGUUGAUGGCAAAGAUUACAAUGCGGCUUUUUUUGCACAACAACGUGAGAUGCUUCAGGUGGAUACCAGGGCCUCAAGAGGAGCACGGCUUCGUUUCACAUCAGAUUGGUCGUAUCACAAUAUCUCCUUGGAUCCUAGUGUCCAUGAUUUGGAUCCAGCUGAUCCCUUUGAAAGGACCCAGCCUCCAAAAGCAGAUACCAACUUUAUGCUUUGUGGUAACUGUUAGUACUUCUCAUGUUUGUAGCUUGGUUAAGUUUUUUGGAACCUUAUGGCAGUUAAACAUGCUAUUCAUGAUGCUAGUUCUGUUGAAACCAACCUGUGCUGAUGGGGACUUAUUUGAUGAGAAAAUGAAGAUAAGGGUACCCGAAUUGGUGGUUCUGAGUUUUGGUGUCACUACAUUUGGUGUAUGAAACUCGUCGGAUCAAGGUAAUACCCGUCAUGCAACAAUCCCCCUUGCCCAAUUGCAUGACCAAGCAGGUUCCCCUGUUUCAUUCGCCGUCAGUGUUAAUUUUGUUGCCUGCUGAUGAUGUAAUUCGCCCUUGUCCGUGGAAUGUAUAAUUUGUCUGUCAAUUUUGUUGCCUGCUGAUGAUGUACUGCCGAGGUUGGAACAUUGUAAACUUGUACGGCAGUGGAGUCAAUUAGUAAGCCAA